CGCUUGCGUGACGUCAAGUUGGAGCAGAAGAGAUAAGAGAACGGUCAUAGGAAGAAAGUUCUGUUUCCUGGUGUGUCUCUCGGUGCUGUAGAAGAUUGUCUGCUCGUUUCGUCAAUCUCGCGUAUCGCCGAAAUGUCGUACGCGUACCUGUUCAAGUAUAUUAUUAUCGGAGACACAGGAGUUGGAAAGUCUUGUCUUCUUCUUCAAUUUACGGAUAAAAGAUUUCAGCCAGUCCACGACUUGACAAUAGGAGUUGAGUUUGGUGCUCGUAUGAUUACCAUUGAUAGCAAGCAAAUUAAACUGCAGAUAUGGGACACUGCAGGCCAAGAGGCAUUUCGUUCUAUAACAAGGUCAUAUUAUCGUGGAGCAGCUGGAGCUUUGUUGGUAUAUGACAUUACACGUAGAGAAACUUUUAAUCAUCUUACAACAUGGCUGGAGGACGCAAGGCAACAUUCAAAUUCUAAUAUGGUUAUCAUGUUAAUCGGCAACAAAAGUGAUCUAGAUAGUCGAAGAGAAGUAAGGAGAGAAGAAGGUGAGGCUUUUGCACGGGAGCAUGGUCUUGUCUUUAUGGAGACCAGUGCCAAGACUGCAGCCAAUGUAGAAGAAGCGUUCAUCAAUACGGCAAAAGAAAUUUAUGAAAAAAUACAGGAGGGUGUCUUUGACAUUAAUAAUGAGGCAAACGGCAUUAAGAUUGGACCACAACAUUCGCCAACAAGUCCUGGAGGUUUAGCAGGAACUGGUGGACAAGGCAAUGCGCAGGGUGGUGGGUGUUGCUAGGGGCUGGGGCUUAUCUGUCCACCGCUUCAUCCUUCUCCGAUCUGAAUUGACCCAACUUCUGUUCAUUUUAAUCAGAACACACUUACUUUGUACAACUUAAUUUUGCGCAUAUCGCGUCAUGAGGUAACAAGUGACAAUUAAUGUAUUUAUUAGUUAAAAUAAUCUUAUACACGUAAUAAAUAGGAUUAUUGUAAGACGAAAAUGUUAUACAUCACUAAAAUCAUAAGGCAUUAAUAAAGUUUUUGUU